GUGUUCACUAUGCAUAGUGUGAUUUAAGAAUUAGAUGCUUUUUUGUUGUGACGUCAUAAAGCCGCGCCGCGAUUCAACGGUCUAUUUCAGAUUUGUCUUGAGCUUUUAAUGUGAAUAAAUCGAUACAAAACGUUCAAAAGUGCUGCAAAGCUUUACAAAUAUGUUCCAACAACAUGGUCUGCUCUUCGCUACCACACAGUGAUUGUGAAUCCACUCCUUUCCAGAAGAGCAGGACAAACUUCAAGUGUGUCAACAAUUUCUGACAUACUACUACAAAGAUGGAUUUUAUUAAAGAGGAGAGAGAGGACAUGGUUUAUCCAGAACCACACAGAGUGAAAGAUGAAGAAACUGAGCAACAAAUAGGCCUCGUGGAAGUGAAAGUGGAAAGUCAAGAACUGAAAGAAGUGGAGGAGAAACAUCAGGAUUCUCAUAUAUCCAUAACUGAGGAAAACUCAUUUAGUUGCUCACAGACUGAAAAUAAUUCCUCACAACAAACAACUCAAAGCACAGAAGACGCAGAUUCUUUAAUCUGUCCUCAUUGUGGAAAGAGUUUCACACGUAGAAUAACCCUAAAGGAACACAUAAGAAUACACACUGGAGAGAAUCCUUUCACAUGUCCUCAGUGUGGAAAGAGUUUCAGACAGAAAACAAGCCUUAAUGCCCACAUGAGAAUUCACACUGGUGUAAAGCCUUACACAUGCUCUCUGUGUGGAAAGAGUUUCAGACGAAUAGGAAGCCUUUAUAGCCACAAAAAAAUUCACUCUGGAGAGAGGCCUUUCACAUGCACUCAGUGUGAAAAGAGUUUCCCACGGAAAGCAAACCUUAAAUCUCACAUGAGAGUUCACACUGGAGAGAGGCCUUUCACAUGCAAUCUGUGUGGACAGAGAUUCAAAUAUUUAAAUAAUCUUCGACGUCAUAUUCAGUCCGUGCACACUGGAGCAAAGUCAUUUAACUGUGAUCAGUGCAAUGAAAGUUUUAUCUUGGAAUCAGACCUGAAGACACACCUGAAAAUUCACAAGGAACCCCAAUUGUGUUCUUUUUGUGGAGAGAGUUUUUCAUGCCCGCACCGUUUUAAUGAGCACCAGAAAAUUCAUACUAGUGGGAAAACUCAUGUGUGCCCUGAGUGUGGUGAUGCCUUUUCAGGAGUUGGCAACUUCAAGAUGCACCAAAGGGUCCAUAUUAAAGAAAAACCUAACAGCUGUUCAUAAUGUGUAUAGUUACACUCAUUCAGGAGUCCUGAAAACAAAUGGAGGUUAUCCUUCAAGCCUUCAAGGGGGAAGAGUUUCACCGAAUCAAGUACCCAAUCAACUAAUUUAAAAAAAAUAGAAAUACACUUAUAGAAAUAUCUAUUAUUGUAAUGUCUCCUUUCAGUUUAAUUUUUUUUUACAUUUUGUUCACUGUUGAAAGGUGCUGAUGCAUUAAGUAUUUGAAAAUGGAACAGACUUUCUUGCAAUAAAAUCAAGAUUAUAGAAUCUUAACCAGUCAGCUACUAACAGUUAACUGUGUGAAUGAAAAAAAAAUAUAUAUAGAAUUUUGAUUAUUCCUGAAUUCCAGUUACAUUUUUGCUUUGUAAAAGCAAGUCUAACUUGGGCAUGGUUGAAAAUAUGUCUUUUAUUGCAUCCAAGAUUGUAUCACGGAAAGCCUGGAAUUAUCAGGAAAUUUCAAAAUUGUGUUUUCCAGGCCUAGAACAGUCAUGCAAGUGCAAUAAAUUGUUAAAAGUUAUGAAAAUCUCUAUAGUGAAUGUAAUUUGCUGUCCUUGGAGACUUGGUAAGCCCAGCUGUUUUUAUUUUUAUUUUAUAUUUUUGGAGGCCCAAAUACGUGUAAUUGUAUUAUCAAAUAAUUAAACUGUAUAAUGUAAUGUCCAAAUUCCAAGGAUUGGUGGACUACUUGGCAUGGAAUUCCUCCCCAACAAUCUCAAUAAAAUGAUUUAAAAACAUUUAUACAAUAGUCAUUAACGGCUAGAAAAGUUAUGGAGAGUCAUUUGUCAGAAAGCGUGGAAACCCUAUUUCCAAGGUCACUACAAUGUAGUUGAAAUCAGAAUCAGCUUUAUUGCCAAGUAUGCUUACACAUACAAGGAAUUUGUCUUGGUGACAGGAGCUUCCAGUGUACAACAAUACAAAACAAUAAAAAAACAGCAGCAAGACAUAGAUAAUAAUAAUUAAAAAAUAAAAAAGAAUUAUACACAUACGUACAGACGCACACAUGCAUACAUACAUACACAUGGGUAGUGCAAAUCUAAUACAAUCUGUUAUGUACAUUGCAAAUACAAAUAUGUAAUGUACAGUGCAAAUUUGUUUGUUUUUUGUUUUUUCUUCAGAGGAAUGAAAUGGCAGAAGAGGUUGGAUGUGUUGGAUAAAUAUAAGAAAGACUAAACUGUGUUGCACAUAGUUAUUGCUCAAUGGGGCAAUUUAACUGUUAAUGAGAUAGAUAGCCUGAGGGAAAAAACUGUUCCUGUGCCUGACGGUUUUGGUGCUCAAUGCGCUGAAUCGUCGGCCAGAAGGCAACAGUUCAAAAAGGUAGUGGGCAGGGUGAGUGGGUCCAGAGUUUUUUCCAGCCUUUUUCCUCACUCUGGAAGUGUAUAGUGCUUGAAGGGGGGGCAGGGGGCAACCAAUAAUCCUCUCAGCAGUCUGAACUGUACUUUGUAGUCUUCUGAUGUCUGAUUUCAUAGCUGAACCAAACCAGACAGUUAUUGAAGUGCAGAGGACAGACUUAAUGACUGCUGAGUAAAACUGUAUCAGCAGCGCCUGUGGCAGGUUGAAUUUCCUCAGCUGGCGAAGGAAGUACAACCUCUGCUGGGCCUUUUUCACAAUGGAGUCAAUAUUGUGCUGAUUGCAGUGAUGCGUUGAGAAAUAAAAAUAUUUUAUUGCAUUGAAAUCACUUAGAGACUACUAUCUAUGGCAAUGAACACAAUUCAGUUGACUACGGUUGGCACUCUCCUUUUUAGUUCUUAAUCCCAUUCUGUACACAGUUCAGUAAUUUGUAGCAGUGACAUCCACUUUCUACAACCAAAUAAACUCCUGAAGAAAUCAAGUACUUGCACCGCAUUUUCAUAAAUUCUACGUAUUGUAUACAGAGUCUUGUUUUCUGUACACACAGGCCACAUAAACACUUUUGGGAGUGGCACCCGCUUUUGAAUGUGGAAGUGAAUCCCCUAAAAUCAUUUUGAGUGUGUACAGAAUACAGGAGUUUCUCCUGAAAUUGCAGUGAUUGACGAUUGAUAACAAUAGCAACGCUUUACAAUCUGUCGCCUGUGAACAAGAAACCUGGAUGCCACCACUAUUUUAACCCAUUUUAUGUUUAAUAUUUUUACCAAAGAAAUGUAUUAUUGAGUGUGUUUACGUGCACUAUAAAAGUUUUAUUUUAUUCUAAAUAAAGAAAUAAUUUGUUUUUCAGAAAUGUCAUGUAAACACAUUAGUUCGACUGGAAUCGUUCUAGUUCAGUUUUUGUGAAAUGCACCCAACAGACCUAUAUAAUGUGAUUGUAAAUCGAUUGUACAUGUCAAUCUGUCAACAAUAGGCCUCUGGGUUAUGCGCAUGCUCUGAAAAAAAAAACAAAAAAAUAAACAGAGGUGCUGCAUGACAUGUAUAGCAGGAGGUGCUCUGAGAGUCAUAUGCAACUAAUUUUUUUUGUACAUUUAUUUUUUGCUUGUUUGUUGUUAAAUUCGUGGAUGGAGUUUAUUUAGAUUUUCUUGAAAACUUUGGGGAGCACAAAUAAAACUGUUGCACUUACUGUAUAUGC